AUGGAGAAAAGCACUUGUUCCAGCAUCGCAAAACACACCAAGACGAAGAAACGCGACACCGUUAAGAAGCUCAAACAUAUCAAUCCGAGGCAUUUUAACCACUCAUUCCCGAGGUUAAAAUUGGUUGAAUCCAUAACAAGACGUACUGCUCGAUCGGUUCCCCUUGCCCCGGCGCUCGCUAGCGGUGUGGGUCCUAUGGACUCGUAUCCUUCGUCUUUACAGCGCCACUCCGUCAACUCGUCUGGAGCUUUAGGACGUCUUGAUUAUCCACCACUGACCUUGCCGGACCAAUUCGGUACCACUGUGUCUCGUAUUUGUCCGGGUACAGAUUUGUCCAGGUCUUCCCCAUACACUAUUAAUCCCUUACUUUCCGCCUCUGAUCUCUAUCCAACGGCGGAUCCAUCAAGAGAAGUCAACUGGCUCGAUUCACAGACUACGUCGGUACUAUCACAUGAAGCUGUAACUCCUUCUCGCUACUUCUCACCCACAUCGGGGGACACAUACACUCUCGGACACGCAACAGGAAGCCAACAGCCGGACAUGGAGGGUUUUGUGACUGACUAUAACCAAUUCACAUCACUCUUUGGAGCUCCAAGCUCGCUUGAGGUGUGGACAAACGAGACACACGGUUAUCCCACCAAUCAGGAGGCUUUAUAUCCCAUAAAUUUCUCUACAGUAGAAGACCCUGAGGUCGCACCAAAUCUGCAAGAAACAAUGUACUAUUUUGUGUUCAGGAGCAUUCUUGCCGCCGAUUGA